AAAAAAUUGUCGAGUGAAAACAAAAGAAAUUGACUGUUUCCAUGGUUACGAAUAAAUUAAUGAGUGACAGUCAUUCGAUGAUCAUUAGUCGAAGUAGAAACGUCAAAUUGUCAUCGUUCCUUUAAAUAUUUAUAGAAAUUGUGAGAAAAAUAAUUUUUUUUUUGUGAGAAAAAUGGCCCGAACUCCAAGAUCAGCGAAAAUUUCCAUCGAUGACCGAAAAUUGGCCGAUUUGUUCAAAGGGAAUUCAAAGAAAAUUUCUGACGACUUCGAAGCUAAGGUUGAUGCAGCGAGAAAAACGUGGUCAAAAAUUCAAGAAGACGAGGGAAAACCAAAGACAGAUCUAAAUAGAAGAAAAUCAUUACGAAGCUCCAGUGUUGAAUCAACAAAUGAUCAAUUAAAAACAGCGGAAUUGCGCCGCAGGUCCUUAAGAUCGAGUUCCAUCGAUAAAUCCAGUGUAAUUACGCCCUCCACCGAAAACAGUUGCGCGAGCAGCACAUGCAGUUCUCCAAAGGGCGAGGACAAACGUAACCUACGUUCUCGAUCCAAACUCGCAGCAAUUACUGAAGCUGAUUUAAUGUCAAUGGCUGCUGGUGAUGCCAGCAUUAUUGAAUUGCCAGUAUUGUUUGAGUCAAGAAAUCAGGACGGAAACGAUGAUGAAGAAUCUGACGAAGCGACCAUUUGCUUAGAAUUCAAUAAUCAAGAAGGAGACUUUUCCGAAAUUGUCACUGACGUCGUUGAUAGAAUUCAACAAGACAUCAACGAGGAGUUGAAGAAUACCGAGCCACAAUCUUUCGAGGCAUUGCAAACUUACAAUAGAAAAACACCAACCAACAAUCAGCAAAAAUCGAAGCAAAUGGGAGGCAACAAGAAUAAUAAAUUGAAGCGCAAUUUCAUUCCUCACGAUUCAAUAAGAACAUUUUUUGACAGUAUGGCAAUAACUGUAUCAAGUUUCCCCAUACAUCUUCAAGCUAAAGUGAAAAUUGAAAUUUGCAAAAUAGUCGGAGGUUUUGAGUACGACUUAACAUCAUCGAAAGCAAAUUGAGCUUUUUUUGUUCGCUCCCUCUUUUUUUUCGUCUUCUUCACUCGACGAAAAAAAAAUGGUAUUUUAUUUUCUAUUUUUCGUCAAAUUCUAUACAAGUUUUUUUUUUGAAUUUUUCGCUUUUGAAAUGAGCUAGCAAAGCGACCUUGAAGUUUCUUUGGAGUGUUGCCAAGAUUGUUCUCUCAGUGAGUGAGAGAGAGAGAGAAAAGAAAAAAAGCAAAAAAAAAAAAAAAAAAAAAAUUUAACCGAGGGAUAAUUUUAGAUCCCGUUGAAAGUAGUUUAUGAUAAUGGGAACAUUUUUCAUAGAAACUUUUUUUCAAGGGGGGGAAAGAAAUUAAAGAAAAUCU